CGAUGCGCAGCGCCAUGGAGAUGCACUCGAAGGCCCGCUUGUGGCAGGCCCGCACCGUCUCGGGCGCCCCGCCGGGCUCAGGCGCGUCGCUGGCCCCGGCCCUGCUGCCCUUGGCGGCCAUGAGGGCGCCGCAGGAGAGGCGUUCGCAGAGCCAGGCGAAGAGCAGCCCGAGCUGGAAGGCGACGAAGCGGAGCAGGGCGAAAGCGGCGAAGAGCGGAUUCCUGUGUGUCCAGCGAAUUCCACUUUCCAAAUCAUGGAGGCAGAGCAGAUCAUGGAGGGACAGCCGCAGGUUCCAGAAAAUCCCCAUUCUGAAUACGGCCUCACUGAAAAUGUAGAGAGGAUAGUAGAAAAUGAGAAAAUAAAUGCAGAGAAAACAUCGAAGCAGAAGGUGGAUCUUCAGUCGUUACCCACACGUGCCUACUUGGAUCAGACAGUUGUACCUAUCUUACUACAAGGACUUGCUGUGCUUGCAAAAGAGAGACCACCAAAUCCCAUUGAAUUUCUAGCAGCAUAUCUUUUAAAAAACAAGUCACAAUUUGAGGACCGAAAUUAACUCCAUAAAAAUGAGGACAGUUUGGCUGCUAGACUGAGAUGUUCAUUUGCCACAGUUGGUUUUCUGCUGUAAAAAUCCUUUGGAACUUUGAAAGACUUUGUGUCUUUCUUAAUCACACAGUUUGCUUUACCUUUUGAGUUAUUUAAUAAAGAACACUUUACAUUUAAUUUGUUCACUUGUUUUAAACUAGCUAUUAAGAGACUUUCAAAAUAAAGUACAGAAACUGCA